UGCGAAGUCAAAGGGGACGCCUGUCAUCAUCCGCUGAACCACGGAUUUGACUACUUUUACGGCAUUCCUCUCACAAAUCUUAAAGACUUUGGCGACGACGGAGAGUCUGUCGUAAAGUCAUAUUUCCCUAAUUUCCUGUCCUCUUUCACAACAAUCGCCACAAUAGUCUUUCAACAGAGCAUUAAACUUAUUAAUUCAGUGCUAAUGCGCGGCACACAAGUCAUUGAACAGCCCGUCCACUUGGAGGGCAUCACCGACCGACUCGUCAACGAAGCCACGGGUUUUAUGAGUGAACAAAACGCACAACAAAAGCCUUUUCUACUUGUUUUGAAUUUUAUCAAAGUUCAUACGGCCCACUUUCCUAACAAACAUUUCAAAGGCAAGAGUGGGUUUGGAAAGUAUGGCGAUUGUGUCCUCGAAAUGGAUGACGGAAUCGGCAAAAUACUUGACUAUUUGCGCGAAUAUAAUCUCCGCGACAAUACAUUUGUGUACUUCAGUAGUGAUAACGGCGGACAUCUCGAAGAAGUGGGCGCCGAUGGUGUGGCAGAAGGCGGUUCUAAUGGCAUUUAUAAGGGAGGCAAAGGUCACGGGGCUAUGGAGGGGGGUAUACGAGUGCCCACAGCCGUCAUGUGGCCCAACAAAAUCCCGCCCCAAGCAGUCAUAUCUGUGCCCACGAGUCAAAUGGACGUCUUCUCCACAGUUCACGAAAUAUUAAGAAUUCCCGAACCAAACGAUCGUAUUAUUGAUGGCAAGAGUAUGUUGUCAUUACUAUUGAAGCCUAAAUCUACUCCGAGUGCCCAUCAGUUCCUAUUCCACUACUGCGGCACAUAUUUACACGGCGUCCGAUACGUUGAGUCCGCGGACAACAUCUGGAAACUCUACUUUUCUAAACCAAAAUACAAACCGGGCCAAUACAAGUGCCAAUUCAUGUGUAUGUGCUUCGGGGCGCAUGUCGUUCACUACAACCCUCCGCUUCUUUACAAUAUAGCUUCAGAUCCCGGAGAAAACAUUUCCAUUGAUAUUAACUCUGAUAUUAAAUAUCAACGAAUUGUGGAUAAGAUUAGUGAAGAGGUAAAAAAUCACAAACAAUCCGUAGCGUCUGUUCCCUCACAGUUUGACUUCGAGAACACUAUAUGGAGGCCAUGGCUUCAGCCGUGCUGUCAGUUCCCCACUUGUAGUUGUAGUGAAAAUCAAGUCAAAAAGUGA